UUGUCAAAUACAAACGAAAGUGCUACUAUUCCUAUUUUGCAAAAAAUUUUGGAAGUAAACAAGGCCUUUGUUUUUGUUUUUGGACGCUUCCAAGCCCAAAAAACCGGCUGCCUCGGUUUCCGUGUACAAUUGCCCAUUACUUCACAUAUUUUCACUACUUACUUGUACUAUUAACUUACUAUUACGAUGAACGACGACAUCAAAGCAUGUUGUUCAGCUUUCGGCCUCUUCCUCCUGUCUGCAUCUGCAACUUUUUGGAGGUUUCUGCCUACACUACUCGCUAGCAGCUGUUCCAUUCCAUCCUCCAUUCAAAACAAGCUGUUUCAAAUAAAGCCUUUUUAAUUUACAGCCAUUUCAUUCCUAGCUUAAUUACCUUAUUAGCUCCCGGUGGUGGUUCCAAGAGCAACCAUUGCCCCUCUCUUUUGGAUCGAGGAGUUUGUUUGUUAAUACAGCACGAUGCACACACUUAGCUUGUUGACAGCUGCUAGCUAGGCUUAUUAUAUAUAGCUAGGUAGGUUAGUUUAUUCAGUUCUUGGCAACUUUCCUUGCUUGCUUCCUUGCAUAGUGGAGAUCAGUGGAGACAGCUCGUCAAACCCCAAUUUUUCUGAAGCCUCUUUUGCUCCCCUUCCUCCAGCCAUUCAUCAUCCCCUUCUCAUGCCUCCCAAAGACAAAGCCAGCUAGCUGCUCCCUCCCCAUCGAUCAUUGUUUUAUGAGAUGUUCGUUUUUUUGAAGUGAAACCGGAGGGGUUUGCAAAGCUGGUUGGAGAAAUUAAACUGAGUUCAGACAUGGACAAGAGUACUAGCAGAAGGAAGAAGAAGUUUCGCUUUCCAAAACUUCACGGAACAAAAGAUGGGAAUGCCUCACCAAGACAUAGCACCACAGCGUACCGCAUCGACUCCACAGUUGAUUUGAAAGAGUCCCCAGAACUGUCAACAGUUGCUUCCCCGUCAGCAUCAUCCUCAUCCUUCUUCAAAAGUCUUUCGGAAAGUAGAAGUCUAAAAUUCGGCGGUUUCGGUUCUCCUGCAACAACCAGUACUACUCAUAUGGAAGCUUUCAGGGUAUUUGCAGCCACAUGGAACGUCGCCGGAAAAACCCCGGACAGGGGUCUCAAUCUGAAUGAUUUCCUGCCUUCUGAUGACUACUCGGACAUUUAUGUGCUAGGGUUCCAAGAAGUGGUGCCCCUGAACGCCGGCAACGUCCUGGUGAUCGAGGACAACGAGCCGGCGUCGAGAUGGCUGGCGCUCAUCAACCAGGCGCUGAACCGGCCAUCGCCGCCUUCCGAUGCCUCCGCCGUCUUAGAAGCUUCAGCCAGCUACUCGUUCAGCCGGUCCCUAGACACGGCGGCGGCGGCGGCUCUCCAGACGGCGAGCUCGAGCCCGCUGGACCCGUCCCGGUUCCACAAGUCCUCCAACAGGGAGAUCCGGCGCGCCGGCAUCACCCGCGGGCGGCGGCUCAAGGCGUGCACCUGCCCGUCGUCAGACCACCACCGCCGGCGGCCGCCGCGGAGGUCCAAGGCGCGCUGCCUGAUGGGCUGCGGCGGCGGCGGUAGGAGCGCGAGCGCCGCCGUCGAGGGCGACACGACGACGUCGGACGACGACGACGAGGAGGAGGUCCGGGCCAGCAGCUUCGCGGCGUCCGACGUGAUGACGAAGAGCCCCCCCGCCGCCGCCGUGGCGAGCCGGCGCGAGAGGUACUGCCUGGUGGCUUGCAAGCAGAUGGUGGGGCUGUUCGCGACGGUGUGGGUGAGGCGCGGCCUGGUGCCCCACGUCGGCCAUGUCCGCUUCUCCUGCGUCGGCCGCGGCAUCAUGGGCUACCUCGGCAACAAGGGGUGCAUCUCGGUGAGCAUGUCGCUGCACCAGACGAGCCUGUGCUUCGUGUGCAGCCACCUGGCGUCGGGGGAGAAGGAAGGCGACGAGCUGCGGCGGAACUCCGACGUGGUGGAGAUCCUCAAGAACACGCAGUUCCGCCGCCUCUGCAAGAGCUCCGGCCGCCGGAUCCCCGAGCGAAUCCUCGACCACGAUCGUGUGAUCUGGCUAGGCGAUCUCAACUACCGGAUUGCUCUGAGCUACACGGAGGCCAAGAAGCUCGUCCAGGCCAACGACUGGGGCGCUCUCUUCCAGAAAGAUCAGCUCAAGGCUGAAAGGGAGAGCGGAGUCUUCAGAGGGUGGAACGAGGGCAAGAUCUUCUUCGCUCCAACCUACAAGUACUCGUGGAACUCCGACACCUAUGCCGGCGAGGACGUGGCGUCCAAGAAGAAGAGGAGGACGCCGGCAUGGUGCGACCGGAUCCUCUGGCACGGUGAAGGGAUAGUGCAGCUGUCCUACAUCCGCGGCGAGUCCAAGUUCUCGGACCACCGCCCGGUCUGCGGGGUGUUCAUCGUCGAGGCUGCGGUUCCCGACAACAACAACAGGCUUGUCAAGUUUGCGUCAGGUCCCAACAUGAAAGUUGGCGCGGAGGAGCUCCUGCUCGCCUCAAGUAGCAGCAGAUAGCAAUUGCAGGGAAUGCAGCAUGUAUUUUGCUCAAGUUCAGUUAUAACAUACAAGUAUGUGGUGCUGAUGAGAUCAGGAGAUAUGCAUGCAGGGGAGGCAACUGGAAGCAUGUCCUGAAGAGCUUGUAAAUGACUAGCUAGGUAGGUGGUGGGUGUUGACCAUAGUGUACUGCAAACCAGUCUAGAGACUCAAUUAGGCUAACUGAAAACGAACCACACCACACAUUGUCUGUUCAUUGUUAUUUCAAGAAUCAAGAUUGUUCCCUUCCACAAAGGGCCAGAAACCAAAGGGUUCUCCCAAGACUAUAAGUACAUGAGUACAGGAUUGAUGCCA